GGCUCUGUGGUAAGCUGUGUUUUAUCAUUAUGCUCGUGGUAUGGGCGUGUGAUGUCACAUGCGUAAUGCUCGGGCUAAACUGUUUCCUGCCUCUAAAAGUGGCAACAGUGCGCUGUCGGGACAAACAGAGUUAGACGAUGCUGCUGCUGUGAGGAAGUUGUGUUUUAAUCUUGUUACUGAUUCUGGGUUUAAAGCCUUUUAAGACCCGAUCGAUGCUCUUCUUUUUUUUUUUUUCCUUUUUUUCCGAAUGGUGUUAUCCUCCAGUCGUUGGUCUGAUUUACUUCUGCUACAUCUGUUUUGUCAUUUCUUUGGAGGCCUGCAUCAGCCUGCUGUGAUCAUCUAUUUUGAAGAUGUCUGCAGAUUUUGGUGAAUCAUUUUAAAGGCUAAAAUUAAAACCAUAACCUUUUACGCUCAGUUCUAAAUCUGCUGCUGUUUUCUGUUACACUUUUCAUAAUUCGUUUGUUGGACCACAUGGGCUUCACUUUCACCUGUACACUAAAUUAUAAAAGCACAAAAAAAAACAGCUGAAGUUCCAAAAAUAAAAUUCUCUCUUUCACAUUAUUUGGCUUUUUCGUUAUUCUCCUCAAAGGCCUUACGCGUUUCUGCAGGCCUCUAAAUUAUUAAUGUCUUCAUCCAGUGUUAGAAAUCCACCACAGCAACGGUUAAAGUAAAAUGCAAAGUGUUUUAACGACUAAGGCUUUAUUUUUGAUAUUAUUGUCAACCCAUAAAGUCUCAUUUGCUUUGACUGAAUAUAAGAUAAAACAGGCCCUGAGCUUUAUGUUGCUCUCAAACUCCCAGUGGACGCUGUUUCAUUUAAAAAAUAAAAAACAAAAAAAGCAGAAGAAAGAAAUAAAAAGCCUGCAAAUGUAUUGAAAAAGAAGCCUGGCCGGACUAGUUAGCCUUUGGUCCAAGUCAAGCUGCCAGGAAACGCUGACUUUAUCAUUCUUUUGUUGUGAAUCUCGGCUUUGACCCGUCUGAAGGACAUCAGGGGAAGGUGAAAGACAGGUCAGCCCGUCUAAUAAAUAUUGAAAUGUGAAGUGCAAGGACGAUUUGUUAAGCCCCGUUUUACCUUCAGCUAUAACGAAUAUUUUUUUGUGUUUUUUGUUGGCAUUUUAAUGAGCAUUGUGAAAAUUACCAGUAGUCUUAUUUCGUUAAGAAAUAUUCAGCCCAAAAGGUCAAAUCUUUUUUAUUUUUUUCCUAUUCCUAUUUUUUCCUAUUUCUAGUUUCCUCUUUAAACUUCACAAACUUCGGGCAAAAAUUGAUGCUGAAUUUUCACGCUGUAAAUAAUAAGUUGAUUCUUAGUGCAUUUAAUUCUAACUAAAAAAAAAAGAAAGAAAGAAAGAAAAGGAAAGAAAGUCAGUCCUGUGGGUCAGCAGUCUAUAUGCCACAUUUUGGCCAAAACAACAGUUUAAUAUUAAAUCAAAGAAACAAAUAGAUUCGUUACCAACCGUAUCAGUAUAAAAUCACAUUAUUCUACUCCCGAUUUCCAAAAUAAAAAACUUUUGCGCCACCUCUCUGAGCCAACUUUAAAUCAUUUGCAAAGUUUCAGUCUAGGACCUGUGGCGGCCGUCGUGGCGGUCUCAGUUCAUGGCUGAUGGUUAAUGGUUGCUAAACUUUUGCCCCCCCUUUUGAGCUGUCAGCAGCAGCGAAAAAUAAUUGAACUUUUUGAUAACUUUGUAAAUGAUUCGGCUUGACCUUGCUGGCCUCGGGCCUCAUCUUUUGGCCAAGUGGUGAUAGCAGCAGAGCCUGUGUUAGCCGGCCAGUGUCCACAGCUUAUCUGAUAGCGCUGCUGCAUGUUUGACAAGAGGCUUAACGUUAAACCUGAGCUGACAGCAUGCACCAAUGAAAAGUAAAUUAUACAGUUUGGAAGAUCUUUUUCCCCCCUUAUUGAGGAUUUUGGAGGAAGACCUACUACAGAGAAAACUUGCUGAUAUUUUCUUUUUUUCUUGUUAUUUGCUGUUCAAACUGAGAGGACAGCCCUGGCCAGGGGCAGCCAGUGGGCCUGCAGUUUUAUUUCUUUUCAGAAUCAGGCUGUGAUGAGGCUUUUGAAGCUACCGCGUGAGCAGGUUUGCUUCAAAUCAGCAAGCCAUGAAGCUCAACCUUACAGGCGACCGAAUUAAAAAAAGAAUUGCAGUGGCUUAAAGGAAACGAGAUUAAAUUAAGACACUGAUUGCAGCUUAUAAAAAAAAAUUACCCUUUGGUGCUUGUGUGUUUUAGCCCAUCUGUUUCUGGUGCAUGCCUCUUAUUUCCUUAUACAACCUAGUCCCUUUGAUGUGCUGGUGUAUCCUGACUGCGGGCCACUUUGCAAAUUUAGUUUGGCUUGAGUGCAAAGAAAGUGCUGCGGUUUGAGGGGCUAAAGGCUGGGCUUCGCGUCGUCUAUAUAUACCCUGUAGAACCGAAUUUGUGUGAUGAAACCACAGUCACAGAUUCGAUUCUAGGGGAGUAUAUGGUCGAUGAAAAAACUUCGAUUUAUUGACUCAUGGGCUCCAUCUUUAUCGGGCUCCCGGUGCCUAACGCGCCGUCAGUGGCGUCCCUGUGACAAGCGUUGGGUUUGUGGACGAGAGUAAAUCUGACAACGCCACAUUCCUCAUAAGAGAGACAGAGGAUGGUGGAAACUAUAUGCUUAAAGCAAAAAAAAAAAAAAAUCUCUAUAUAUAAACAUGGCGGUGCGUGCAUUUCUGUUUAGCUCAUGCUGGAAUAAAACACCAAAUUGAUUUAGUAAAAAAAAAAAAAAACACACAGCACACUCCAGCUGUAUCUCUUUUUUUUUGUUCCUCCUGUGGGUCGUUUCUGUCUCUACAUUAUUGAUUCCCAGAGGCUGCCGGUGCUGGCCAAUGGGCUCCUGAGAUUGUUCUUUCAAAGGGAUGGGAGCAGAUGAAGUGAUGAGAUUCGUGUAACUUUUGGAUGACCCCUUCUUGACAAAGACACUGUCCAUCAAUUGUCCCCAGUCAUUAUUCGCUGCUUUUAUGCCAGGGGGCUUUUUGUAUCUUUUGUUGGUUUCUCUGUUGAACACCGUGCCUUCAAGUUAGACAUUAGAACCUGGUAGAUUUUCAUAUCGGCUCGGAUAAAACGCCAGCACGCACAGCCAACAGCCCACGUUUCUUGUUGUUUAUAAUUUUAAAGUGAAGCAUUUAAGGCUUUCGGUCCGUGUGUGUCUUUUCUGUCUUAUAUUUUCAGCAUCCCUGUUUGUUUGCCCAGAGUGCCAAAUUAUGUUUGUCAGAUUAAUGUUUGUUUUUUUCCCCACACGAGGGUUUAAUUUUAGUAUCUCUUUAGUUAGGUAAAAAAGCAUUUAGUUGUGUGUUUACUCGUGUUUGGACCAGCAUCACCUCCAUUGGCCGCUCUGGUCACAUGGUUCGCUAACUUUAUUCAGUUGACACCAAGUAGGAGGGCUUUAUGGAGGGAGGAAAAAAAGACAACUCGAGAAAAAUUAGUAUUUUCUACCUUCAGAAAUUAAUGGCCAUGAGUUCGUAUAUGGUGAACUCUAAGUAUGUGGACCCGAAAUUUCCUCCCUGCGAGGAAUAUUCACAAAAUAACUAUAUACCUGAGCAGAGCUCGGACUACUACAGUCCAUCGCAGGACACAGACUUUCAGCAUCCAGGGAUCUACCCACGGCCAAACUACACGGAGCAGCCCUUCAGCUGCACCACUGUGCAGGACUCCACGGUGCAGCCACGGGGUCAUGUGCACGAAAGAUCCAGCAACCCGAGCAAUUUUAGCGCACAGACUGAGCAGGGGCCCCCGGUCCAAGUGGCCGGACCCCGGACUUGUGGACAGCAGCAAAACACAAAGAGCCAAAAUGGGAUACAAGCCAAGCAGCCUGCAGUAGUAUACCCUUGGAUGAAGAAAGUUCACGUAACUACUGUGAACCCGGAUUAUGCAGGACCGGAGCCCAAACGGUCCAGAACGGCUUACACCCGGCAGCAGGUCCUGGAGCUUGAGAAGGAGUUUCAUUUUAACAGGUAUCUGACCAGGCGGCGGCGGAUUGAGAUUGCUCACACCCUUUGUCUCUCCGAAAGGCAGAUCAAAAUCUGGUUUCAAAACAGAAGGAUGAAAUGGAAGAAAGAUCACAAACUGCCCAACACCAAGGGGAGAUCCGCACCAGCCUCCAGCCAUCUGCAAAGCAUUCAGAAGGAUAACCAGACUGAUAUCACAGCAUUAUAAGACAAGGAGGUGUCAUGUCUUUAGAAAUUAUUUGUACAUAAAAAAGUCAAAGGUUGCAUCUGACCUUUUUUCUUUUUUUCUUUUUUGUUUUGUUUUGCAUGGACCGAUGUCGUUUAUAGCUUUUUUUUUGUUUUAAUUAUUUAACAAAAAUGACCCCAACAGUGUUGACUCUGAACUGAGUCAAAAAAAAAUAAAAAAUCAAUCAGCCAGUCUUCAUGACUGAGAAGAAGUUGACCCUCUUCUCUGUUUUAAUUUCCUCCGAAUAAAUAUUAGGUUUUUUUUUAUUCUUUUGGACGUUGCCCACCUGAAGACAUUUACUAAAAAGCAGCCUUGCUCGAUUUUCUGGAUGUAUCCGAACCGUCUCUGCUCCCUUCACGUGGAUUCGCGCUGUUUUUUUAAAGGACUGAACUGUCUUUAUUCGAAACAUGGUGGCCACUUCCUUCAAAAUGCGCGCACACACAAAGGUUAUUCGAGUUUUUUUUCACCCCCCUCCGAAAUAAAACUCCACAUUUUAAACGCACAAUAUUUGUACUUGAAGGAUUUGCGAAUGAGCACGCCAAACACCCCUCUACCUUAUUUCGUUUAGUUGCAAAAUAUCCCACUGAAUGUUUCAGUUCCACGUUUGUAUGUUUUAACUUAUUUUGUACAAAAAAGCUUUGGAUAUUUUCUUAGCCUAAAUAUUAUUCCCAAAAAACUCCCAAAACGUAAGACAUUCCUGUGUGCACACUAUUCAGAGUGCCCUUAUAAAUCUCCGCUGACAUCUUUGUAAACAGUGUACAUUUUCAGAGGCUCUCUCUCAUGCCAUUUGAAACUCUCCUAUGAAAGAUCAUUUGUUCCUGCAUGGCAUUGAAUUGAUAUUGGAUGUUUCUCAUUGGAAAUAAUCAAGUCCUGAGUAUUUAGGACUAUUAUUGUUUAUUUUUCUUGAUGCGAUUUUUUCUACGUCAUUAUUUAUUUUAAAACUCGUGUACAUUUUCGUAUAGCACACAAUUUAAUUGAAAGUAUUCGUUAAACUUUUUUUUUUAUUCUUAAAUAAGUUCUUGUGCGUUAUUAGCAUGGCUUUAUGAAAAGUUUUUUAUUUUGUCUUAGUUAAUAUGGGAAUCCUUUUUCCUUUACACCGAGGGGGGCUUUCAGGUCACGUUUCAGGACAGAUAUUUUUUUUGUUUUAUACCGUCAUUGUCCUUGGACAGAAGAAAAAAAAAAGCCCAGAAGCUCUCCCAGUAUGAGGAGGUCUCCUUUCUGAAGUCUUCGUGAUGAGGGAGUUGAAAAGGUAUUUCAACCGAAGGUCGACAAAGCAGCAGUGGCAGGUUCAUCCAGGGGACACAUUUCAGCCGCGAGGACUGACCCCAACACCCCUGACCCGCCGGACAGGCAGCAUUUUCUCUCCCAGGCGCUACUCGCUUUGGUUUGGAGGACUCAUCCACACUCAAAAAAGCUAAAACUCAUUCAAAGUAAGGGCCAGUGAACGCCGCGGUUUUCCACUUGUUUUAACAGUAUUUAUAUCAGACGCUGCCCCCGAAAAGGUUCUGAUUCGUGCAUUUGUCUCCUCGUGUCAAUAUGCGAUCUUUUUGGUUUUAUUUUUGUACAUGCUUUCUACCUUGUACUGUGCAUUGAGAUGUGAGAAAUAUAUUGGAAAAUAAAGAUUUCUACUGAUUACGCAUUUAAA